CCCACGUAAAGGUAAGACUGUGUGUAGGUAUUUACUUGAGUAUUCGCGUGACAGGAGACAUUCCUUCGCACACCCUUGCUCUCGCGGGUGGACAAUUCCGCUACACAAACAUGCAUUCCGACAAAGUCUCCACAACGGCGGGGGAAACUCGCGACAGAAAAAGCACAAAACCAAUCAUGGAAAAGAGGCGUCGAGCUAGAAUCAACGCCAGCCUGUCAGAACUGAAGUCACUUUUACUCGAAGUCAUCAAAAAAGAGGGGGGGCGCCACAACAAGAUGGAGAAGGCGGACAUUCUGGAGAUGACAGUCAAACACCUGAGAGAGAUCCAGAGACACUCGCUUACAGCCUCAGUCGGACACGAGCCAAUCAACAUCGAUAAACAGCGACUUGGAUUUAACGAGUGCGCACAGGAAGUGAGCAGAUAUUUAAGUACAAUCGACGGAUGUGAUGUUGAACUCAGAGCCCGUGUUCUAGACCAUCUUGCAAGCUGUGUUACUGGUGAUGAGACAAGCAGCUCAUCGCCUCCACCCCCUGUGACGUCACUUCCGCUAACUCCUCCAACUCCACCAGCGCCACUUCCGGCACAGACCGUUACGACUUCGACAGUGUCUUCGUCCAGUGAACAACCAUUAAUUCCUCAAACAACGCAAUCAAUUCCUUUCUCCACGGAUAUAAACAAUAAUAUCGCUGGAUUUACAGCUCCUCAACCUGUCCAAGCAACCAAAGUUGUCAGCGGGCUACAAGUCAUACCGACAAAGCUUCAAAACGGAGAAAUUGCCUUCGUGUUGCCUACCAACGUGCUCGGCGGCAGUCACGUCCCAAACUACAUCAUCCCCGUCUACACAUCACCCAACACUUCCCCAACGAAGCCGCCCGUUACCAUGGCAAUGACCGGAGCCCCUACGGCUGGUUCUGUGAUGACAAUUAUGCCUUCUGCGGAUGUUUUUCAGACAUGCGCACUGGCCCCGUUGCCUGGCAACAUAAACAUCCUUUCCGGAUCUGUGUCAUCUCCUCAUUCAGUUUCUCCCUGUUCCUCAUCAGACUCGUCCAUGCUGUCGCUGUCUCCGACAUUACGGAACUCUGUGAAUGACGUCAGAGAUAUGCGAGACGUACGUCAUCAUGACGUCGGAGAGUUACGAGAGGUACGUCAUCCGCAAGUUACCGCAGAGCCAGUAUGGCGACCAUGGCACUGAUGUUUGCUUCAUCAAAAUGCUGGAUAUGUGAUACAAAAGGCCAAAAGUGAGUGAUUCCUUCAGUUUACAGAGUGCUAUUUCGGUGAUGUCCGAUGUGGUUAUGAAUCCAAAGCUCCUGGAUUUUCAAUGUGAUAAACAAUUAUCAACGGACUUAACCAUACAACACAUGUGAUCAAGCGAGAAAACGACGUCACGCAGUUUAUUAUUUUAUAAUAUUACAGUGUUUUAUACUACUGUUCAAUACGAAUGUUAUGUAAUAUAUAAAUGUUUUAUUACUGCAAAA